UUUUCGUUGGUCCGAUUUAUAAUUCAACCGAGACUUUUGACCAUUGGCAGUUUAAACGCAUAUCAACGUGGAGUGGACACCUGAGAUUACCUGAAAUUUACGAAAAUGCCGGAGACACCGUCACCUUUCGUGUAUUGGGCUCAGACUGAGAGCCAAGUUACACUUAAGGUUGAUCUAACCGAUGUCAAGACCCCUGGCGUUUUCUUGCACGAGAAGAAGUUAAAAUUCGUUGCCUACGGGCAAGGUGCCAGAGGCCCUGACAACUAUGCUUUCGUCCUGGAUUUUCAUUCGGAAAUUGAUCCUGAGGAAAGCAAUUUUAAAGUAAUUGAUCGACAAGUUGAUUUUACCCUGCGUAAAAAAUCGAGUGGCUGGUGGCCUCGUCUAACUAGUCAACCGCAAAAACCAGCUUGGCUAAAAAUUGAUUUCGAUAAGUGGAAGAGUCAGGAUGGUGAUGGCGAUGAAGAUGAAGGAACAGGGAUAGAUGUAGAGGAAAAACGAGAUAUUACUAAAGAUUACCCAGACAUGUAUGAUAAACUUUACAAAGAAGAAUUUGGAUAUAGGCAAGAAGACUUGAAAAAAGUUUACCUAGUUUUUUACAACUUAUGUCAAUUUGUUGGAUUCGCUUACGUAUUAAUGAUAAUGGCAGUUAGAUACUCACGGGAUGGACCAGACUCUAUGCUGACUACAUAUGAAUCGGUUGGGACUGCAAUGAAAUUUGUACAAUUACUACAAUUUCUGGAAGUAAUGCACCCUCUAUUUGGAUAUACUAAGGGAGGAUUUAUGACACCAUUACUACAAGUUGGAGCCAGAGCAAUUAUAUUGUUCUGCAUGAUAGAAUCAGAACCUCGAAUGCAAACAAAGCCAGUUGUAUUUUACUUAUUUGUAGUAUGGAGUUCCGUUGAAAUAGUUAGAUAUCCGUACUAUUUGACACAACUGUUUAAAACAGAGUUCAGUUUUCUGACGUGGUUACGAUACACAAUAUGGAUGCCGCUUUAUCCUCUUGGUUUCCUCUGCGAAGGUAUAGUAAUACUAAGGAACAUUCCGUAUUUUGAAGAGACCAACAGGUUCACGAUUGCCUUGCCCAACCAAUGGAAUUUCGCUUUUCAUUUUCCUUCAGCAAUGAGAAUAUAUCUAUUGUUACUCUGCUUGCCAGGUAUGUACAUAAUGAUGUCGCAUAUGAAUCGUGUCAGAUAUCAAAAACUGUCCAAGACGAACAUAAAAAGAAAGUACAAUUAGUUACCGCUCAAUUGGGCAUAUAAAUAUACCAAUACAAUUGGAUUGAGCAUGGACUAAGUAGCAUCGCGUUAUGUCUUUUUACAAAUAAUUGUUAGAGUAAGCAUAAGGAAAUAAAAUAAAAUAGAUUUCUUUCUUUUUAUUCUCCAUUAAGAGAAUAGGCUUUUACCAUAUAAUAAUUGUAUUUUUAUUGGCAUAACCAAUAUAAAUACUCAUUAAAUAUCAAUGAUGUACAUAUGAAUGAAAGUAUAAAGUAUUGAAAUUUGU